GCGCGCUGCUCCGCGGCGUCCGCCCGGCGCCUCUCCGGGGUCUCCCCGGCCCCGCCGGCCCCGCGCCCGUGACCUCUGCCCCGGAAGCGCCCCCCGACCGGCCGCCGGACCCGGCAUGUCCUCCCGGAAGGGCCGCCGGACGCCCUCCCGCGGCGGGGACGGGGCCCCGGGCUCGCCGGCCGACGGGCCCGCGCUGCUGACGGUCACCGGCGCCCUGGACAAGGAUGUCCGCGUCCCUAAGCGCCUCCAGAGCUCCCUGGUGCAGCUGGCCCUGGGCACCCUGAAGGCUGCGGGCCUGUGCAUCGGCCGCCCGGCGCUGCUCACCGGCCCCCGCGGGCAGCAGGAGAUCUUCACAGCCUGGCCAGUGGCGGCCUUUCCCGGAGGGAAGGUGGGCCUGAGUGAAGCCGCCCAGAGGAGCAUGGGCGUGAAGGCAGGUGACGCCGUCCGGGUGCAGCCGCUUCUGGGGGCCUUGGUGCCAGCUGAGGAGGUGGACGUGUGCCUCAGUGACGCAGACGAGGACCUGGGGAAGGAGCCACUGGCCGAGUGUUUGCGGAGGAAACUGGACCGCAAGAUCGUCCUGCCGGGCAACUUCCUGUCCUUCACCUUCUACAUCCGGCUCUUGGAGAUGCGAGUAUUGGGUGUCCGAGGGGCAGAUGGCGUGGUCCUGAGAGAGCCCCCGGGUGAGGGGGACCAGGAGGCGCAGGGCCCGGCCUCUGAGCCGUCCAGCACAGAUGUCAGCACCCUGGACCUGUCCCUGCAGCUCAGCCAGCUGGAGCUGGGCACCCCCCGGCUGCCCCCGGCCAGCAGCACGCCCUGCAGGCCCGUGCAGGACCAUGGCUCCCCGUGCAUCCCCCAGAGCCCUGCGGACAGCUGUGGGCCUGGGCUCCAGGUCCCAAGCCCGGGUCUCGGCUCAGAAUCCGACUCCAGGCCCGCUGGGGACCGAGAGUGGCUGGACCCGGCCAGCCUGGGGGCGCGGCGCAACACGGACACGUUUUACUUUAUCUCCGCGUCGACCCGCAUCCACUUCACCGGUGCCCACACAGAGUCCGGGGAGCAGAACCCGCUGCCCAGGGUGACCUACGAUAUGAUCGGCGGGCUGGCCCCACAGCUGGCUGCCCUGCGGAGGGCCGUCGAGCUGCCCCUCACCCAGCCCCAGCUGUUCCGGCGCUGCGGGGUCCCUCCCCCGACGGGGGUGCUGCUCUACGGUCCACCGGGGACCGGGAAGACCAUGAUCGCCCGGGCUGUGGCCUCCGAGUCUGGCGCGUCCGUCUUUGUCAUCAACGGCCCCGAGAUCCUGAGCAAGUUCUAUGGAGAGACGGAAGCCAGCCUUCGCCGGAUCUUUGCAGAAGCCUCGCGGAGGCGCCCGUCAGUCAUCUUCAUUGACGAGCUGGACGCCCUCUGCCCGAGAAGAGAAGGGGCUCAGAGUGACGUGGACAAGCGCGUGGUGGCCUCUCUGCUCACGCUCAUGGAUGGCCUUGGCGCUGAAGGAAGUGAAGGGCGGGUGCUGGUCCUGGGGGCCACCAACCGGCCUGAGGCACUGGACGCGGCCCUGCGCAGGCCCGGCCGCUUCGACCAGGAGGUGGAGAUCGGCGUGCCCACUGCCGAGGGCCGCCUGGACAUCCUGCGCAAGCUGCUCCGCUCUGUCCCCCACGGGCUGACCGAUGCAGACCUGCGGCACCUGGCCGGCAGCGCCCACGGCUAUGUGGGGGCCGACCUCAGGGCCCUGUGCAACGAGGCGGGUCUGUGUGCCUUACUGAGGGCCCAGGGGAAGCAGCCGCAUGUGCCCGACAGCCAGCUGGCCGCGUCGGUGACAGUCACUCUGCAGGACUUCCUGCAGGCCAUGAAUGAGGUCAGACCCAGUGCCAUGAGAGAGGUGGCCGUGGACGUGCCCAGUGUCUCCUGGUCAGACAUCGGGGGGCUGGAGGAAAUCAAGCUGAAGCUCAAACAGGCUGUGGAGUGGCCCCAGAAACACCCCGAGGCCUUCCUGCGCAUGGGCAUCCGGCCCCCGAAAGGGGUCCUCCUGUACGGGCCCCCCGGCUGCUCGAAGACCAUGAUCGCGAAGGCGCUGGCCAACGAGAGUGGGCUCAACUUCCUCGCUGUGAAGGGGCCUGAGUUAAUGAAUAAGUACGUUGGCGAGUCAGAGCGAGCAGUGCGGGAGAUCUUCCGGAAAGCUCGCGCGGUGGCCCCUUCCAUCAUCUUCUUUGACGAGCUCGACGCCUUGGCUGUUGAAAGGGGCAGGUCCUCGGGGGCAGGGGACGUGGCAGACCGUGUCCUGGCCCAGCUCCUGACAGAGAUGGACGGCGUGGAGCAGCUGAGGGACGUGACCAUCGUAGCAGCCACCAACAGGCCGGAUCAGAUAGACCAGGCACUGCUUCGGCCCGGCCGCAUCGAUAGUGUCAUCUACGUGCCACUGCCAGACGCGGCCACCCGGCAGGAGAUCCUGGGCCUGCGUCUGCGCGCCAUGCCCGUGGCUGAGGAUGUGGACCUGCAGGAGCUUGUCUCGCGGACGGAGGCGUAUUCCGGGGCGGAGAUUGUGGCCGUGUGCCAGGAGGCCGGUCUGCGAGCCCUGGAGGAGGACAUGGGCGCCACACGUGUCCUGCACAGACACUUCAUGCAGGCCCUGGACGCUGUGCCGCCCCGCACGCCCGCCUCAUCCCAGAGCUUCUAUGAGGACUACCAUGCUCGGAGCAGGCUGCACACACGCUGAGGCUGCCACGUGGACACUGCCUGGGUGCUCCUUCCUCCCUGAGGCCGCCACAUGGGCACUCUGGGUGCUCCUUCUCCCCUGCAGCAGCACCACAGCACAGGCAGGAGCGGGGCUCACCCCACGGGCAUUCCUGUCUGCCCACACUCCACACCCGCACCCCAGCCCCAGCUGCAGAAAGGGACGGACACGGCUCUGCCUGCAGUGGACCCUUGUAGUCGGGCGUGUGCUGGGAUAGGCCCAGGGAACCUCUCCCCUGGCUGGCGAGUCUUCCCCGGCCUCACUCUGCGGCAGUGCUAGGGCCUAGCAGGGGACAUGGGCAGUGGAAGGCGGGGAAGAGGGUCCCAGGUCCCCAGAGGCUCUUGGAGCUGCCCCCGCCUUCUUGCCUUGAGGGGAGGGAAGAGGCUCCUUGUUGCUCCUGAGGAUUUUGGUCUGUGGGGACCGCAGAGAUGCCUUCUGAGAAGGCCCUGGGCAGCCUGUGCCCUCCAGAGUAAAUGUGUUUGUUUCAGAA